GGGGACACACCCUUAUUUAUAGUUCUGUUCAAAAGGUACAGCCGAGAAAGCCCUUGAUAAGGUAGUGAAUCAGCAAAGCAACACUGUCAGUGCUGCAGAACAUGGUGGGUAGUAGGAUGUCUGGACGCUUUCUCUUGAUUUUGGCCUUGGCCUCCACGGCCUGGGCUCAGACGCUUGAGGAGAGAGCCAGAGAGUUCCUGCAGAAAUUUGACGAGGAUGCGUCCCGACUCAUGUACCAGUAUUCCUUGGCCUCCUGGGAGUACAACACCAACAUCACGGCAGAGAACUCGGCCAAACUGUCGGAACAGAGCGCUAUCUGGAGUGAAUACUACAGUAAAGUGUCCGAGGAAUCCAGUGCUUUCCCUAUCGAUCAAAUCUCUGAUCCAUUGAUUCAGCUCCAGCUGAGGUCACUUCAAGACAAAGGGUCAGGGGCAUUGUCACCUGACAAGGCCAGUCAUCUAGCCAAAGUCAUGAAUGAGAUGAGCACUAUUUACAGCACAGGAACUGUCUGUAAAAUUGACGACCCCUUCGACUGUCAGACUUUGGAACCAGGCUUGGAAGAGAUCAUGGCUAACAGCAGGGACUACUACGAACGACUGCAUGUGUGGGAGGGCUGGAGGGUUCAAGUGGGGAAGAAAAUGAGGUGGCUAUAUGAAGAUUACGUGGACCUGAAGAACGAAGCAGCCAAACUCAAUAAUUAUAAAGACUAUGGGGACUACUGGAGAGCCAAUUAUGAGACAAUAGACGAGCCCAUUUAUAGCUACACCCGGGAUGAACUGAUGACAGAUGUGAGAAGCAUAUACCACGAGAUCAUGCCGUUGUACAAAGAGCUUCAUGCUUACGUGAGGGCCAAACUGCAAGAAACCUAUCCCGGGCACAUUGCUUCUAAUGGAGGCCUUCCAGCCCAUUUACUAGGUGAUAUGUGGGGAAGGUUUUGGACCAACCUUUACUCAUUAUCUAUCCCUUAUCCAGACAAGCCUGAUAUCGAUGUGAGCUCAGCAAUGGUAGCACAGGGCUGGAAAGAACUGCAACUGUUCGAAGAAGCAGAGAAGUUCUUUGUGUCUGUGAACAUGUCAGCCAUGUUUCCCAACUUCUGGACUAACUCAAUGUUCGUGAAACCUGAGGGGAGAAAUGUGGUGUGUCACCCUACAGCAUGGGACAUGGGAAACCGAGAGGACUUCAGAAUCAAGAUGUGCACCAAGAUAAACAUGGACGAUUUCUUGACUGCCCACCAUGAAAUGGGGCAUAACCAGUACCAGAUGGCCUAUCGCCACCUGCCCUAUCUGCUGCGGGAUGGAGCCAAUGAGGGCUUUCACGAGGCAGUGGGGGAGAUUAUGUCUCUGUCAGCUGCUACCCCAUCUCACCUGCAGGCCCUGGGCCUCCUGCCCGCUGACUUCAAAGAGGACAUAGAGACGGAUAUUAAUUUCCUGCUGAAGCAGGCUCUAACUAUUGUGGCGACUCUGCCCUUCACCUACAUGCUGGAGGAGUGGAGGUGGCAGGUAUUCCAGGGUACCAUCCCCAAAGAGCAGUGGAUGCUCCGCUGGUGGGAGAUGAAGAGAGAACUGGUAGGUGUGGUGGAGCCUUUACCCAGAGAUGAGACGUAUUGUGACCCUCCUGCCCUUUUCCAUGUGUCUGGGGACUAUUCUUUUAUCAGAUACUUUACAAGGACAAUAUACCAGUUCCAGUUUCAGGAUGCGCUCUGCAAGGAGGCUGGCCACACUGGCCCACUCUACAAGUGCGACAUCACCAACUCCACCGAAGCAGGCAACAAACUCAGGCAGAUGCUUGAGCUGGGUCGGUCAAAAUCUUGGACGCGUGCUUUGGAGCAGGUCUCCGGGCAAACCAAGAUGGAUGCCCAGCCUCUGCUGAGCUACUUCAGUACUCUGUACACCUGGCUCAAGGAUGAAAAUCAGAAGAACAACAGGCAGCCAGGAUGGAGUGUGGCUGUUGAUCCAUACUCCAAUGAUGCCAUUAAAGUGCGACUGAGUCUAAAAGCUGCCAUGGGGGAAAAGGCAUACACUUGGAACGAAAAUGAGAUGUACCUCUUCAAAGCCUCCAUGGCCUAUGCCAUGCGACAGUACUAUUUAGAAACGAAGGGAGAAGAAGUCAAUUUCAUGUCAGAGUAUAUCUACACAUAUAAAGAAACCCCAAGGAUCUCCUUUUACUUUGUGGUGACUGAUCCUACCAAUGCAAGCAGCAUCAUUCCUAAAGCUGAAGUGGAGGCAGCUAUCUGGAUGUCCAGAGGACGCCUUAAUGGAAUUUUCCAGCUGAGUGACGACACAUUCGAGUUUGAAGGUCUGCGGGCCACCUUGGCUCCCCCUGCUGAGCAGCCAGUCACCAUUUGGCUGGUUGUGUUUGGAGUGGUGAUGGCCUUGGUGGUGUGUGUGGGAAUUUACCUUGUUGUCAUGGGGGCAGUGAAUAGAAAGAGGCAAGCCAAGAAACUUGAGGAGCCUGAAAACCCGUAUGAUGAACCGUCUGACGGAAUACCAAACAAAGCCUUUGAGAGUGAAAGUGAGCAAACAGGAUUUUAAAGAACUGAUCAGAAACAGACUACAAACCCUCCCACCACAAAAAA